AUGGAAGGCUUUGGGCGGGGUUUAGUGCUGCUUCUGCUGCAGAUGCUGCUGGGAUUUACCUCAGAAGCCGCUGAAGCAGUUGUGAUGACUGAUCCCGUAACAGUUACAGACUUGAGUAUGCAAGAACUCUCCGCUUUGACAUGGGGAGACAGCGAUUUAGGUGAAGAUUUGCAAGGCCUCACAGGGAGCCCUUCUGCUGGAGAGGAGUAUGCUUUAAGUAGCAGGCAAACGCAUCCGAGCACUGGGGGAGACCCACACAUCUUGGAACCUCCUGCCGAGCAGCAGCAGCACAGCAGCAGCAGAAGUAGCUCUAGUAGCAAAAGGCUGCACGCGCAAGGGGCUUCCCUGGAGAGCGUGCCUCUUCGUCGGACCCCUCUGAAGCGGCGGUUGCUGCUGCUUCUGGCUUUCGUGAGCUUCGGUGCAGCCAUGUACUUCCGAGGUGUUUCGACAGGCCGACAGGGACUGCUAGAAUCGUUGCGUGGCCAGGCGAGCUACGUGGGAAGGGAAUAUAGGACGAGUACACGAAGAUCAAGACUCGAGUCACAACUGGAAAGAGCAAGAACAUUGGCAGUGGAGUUCGACAUGGACAGUCUGCACGCAAUUCAAAAUGCAGCAGAAACCCUUGCUAGCCUUUUCCGACCCUCCAACAUGGAACGCGACGUGCUGUUGCUAGCGCAGCACGCACAUGCAGUUGAAAACAACAUACAGUACUUGAUAAGCUUGGAUGGUUCUGACGAGGAGGAAGAUGAGGAAGAGGUGGAGCAUCAGGCUGCGGCGGUGCGGGAGAUGUACGAGAGUACCUCGGUGCUGUUACAACUUACCCGCACGGCACUUGCAAGAGUAUGUCGUGCUGCGGAUCAUCGGAGAACAGAGGUGUUUCGAUAUGAGAAUUUUUUAAAUGGGGCUUAUGAGGCCUCCCUGGCUGUUACGGAGGAAGGGGAUGAGGCAGCUGCAGACACGCAGAACCAGCUGCUGCGCUGUGCCCGUGCUGCAGGGCAGGAAGGCUUGCAGCUGCAGCAGGUUCGGGUGCUGCAGCAGCAACUGAAGGAUCGGCCUAUAAAGACGGUGGCGGAAAUGGCGGCGGUGCUGCAGGCAGCAGCAUCAGCAGCAACAGAUGCGCAAUCAGCAGCAGGACGAGCAGUGCAGUUCUUAGAAAGUGGCAUGCAGCAUAUUAUGGAACUCACUCAACCAAUGGGCGCCGCUGUGCGUGACCUGCAGCAGAAGACAGACUUGCUGCGUCUCUCGGAAGCACAAGCGCAGGUGUUGGUAGACCACAUGACGCAGGAGGAGAAGCAGCAGCUUCAGUUUGCCCGCGAGCGCUUAGACGAAGCUAUUGAGGAGCUGGAGACUGUUGAAGUAAUGAGGCAAACCGUCCAUAGUCCGUACACCCCAGGAUCAAUCAGAGAUACCUUCCAAGAAAUCAAAACACGUACUAGGGAGAUUCGAGGAAACCUCCGCGAGAUUGAGGCUUUCUUUACUCCUUUCCUUACCAAACUCUUUGCCCGCACCGGUCAAGAGCCAACGCAACCUUAG